GUAACGUGACUUUGGGGACGGAAGUUGGAUGACGCAGGCGGCUGAACAUCUCUGUGUGGAGCGCACGUUAUGAACCCUUUCUGGAGCAUGUCUGCAAGCUCUGGACGCAAACGAUCUGACGGGGAAGAGAAGACAGUGACGGGGGACGGGAAGACCAGCCCUCCACGCACGGCUCCAAAGAAACAGCUGCCUUCUAUUCCCAAGAACGCUUUGCCCAUCACGAAGCCCACGUCUCCUGCCCCAGCAGCACAGUCAACCAAUGGCACGCACGCUUCCUACGGCCCCUUCUACCUGGAGUACUCCCUCCUUGCAGAAUUCACCUUGCUGGUGAAGCAGAAGCUGCCGGGAGUCUACGUGCAGCCGUCUUACCGCUCAGCGCUAGUGUGGUUUGGAGUGAUCUUCAUUCGGCACGGACUGUACCAAGAUGGAGUAUUUAAGUUCACAGUGUACAUCCCUGAUAACUACCCGGACGGCGACUGCCCACGCUUGGUGUUUGAUAUCCCCGUCUUCCACCCGCUAGUUGACCCCUCCUCAGGUGAACUGGAUGUGAAGAGAGCAUUUGCCAAGUGGAGGCGGAACCACAACCACAUCUGGCAGGUGCUGAUGUACGCGAGGAGAGUGUUCUACAAGAUCGACACGGCGAGCCCCCUGCACCCCGAGGCUGCGGUCCUGUAUGAGAAAGAUGUUCAUCUGUUUAAAAGUAAAGUGGUUGACAGUGUGAAGCUGUGCACGGCCCGCCUGUUUGACCAGCCUAAAAUAGAAGACCCCUAUGCCAUUAGCUUUUCUCCAUGGAACCCUUCUAUACACGACGAAGCCAGAGAGAAGAUGCUGACUCAGAAGAAGAAGCCUGAAGAACAGCACAAUAAAAGUGUUCACGUGGCCGGCCUGUCCUGGGUAAAGCCUGGCUCCGUACAGCCCUUCAGUAAAGAAGAAAAAACAGGAACCACCUAGGAGCGGGACUGCGGUGACUGGUGCACCAGGCACUUUCCUGCGGACGCAGGCCGAGGCCAGGCUGACGGCGGCCAGGACUGCUGCGAGUAAAGUGUGCGAACGAGGACUGGCGUCAGUGGUGUCCAUAUGCGCUAGGUUCUAACAGCAAGUUCUGGAAACCUCUCUCUAAGUAGCGCGUUAUUACUUCUGUCAGAAGUGUCUUUAGGGUGGUUAUCUAGUUCAGUACUCCAGAUUAUUGGGGACCUUGAGGCUUAAGUAUUUUUCUGAAUAUAAUGCUAAAGGUAAGUGGCAUUCAUUUGGAACUACUAGAGUAGACAGAGUUUAGCACUACGGAAUUAUUUUUAAAUGGGUGUCUCAGUUGUACAUACGUUAGGAAGUGGAGAGGAAAGGUGUAGAGAAAGCAGGUUCUUUAGCAUACUAGCACUUUCAGCAGGAGACCACCUGACUCUCAGUCUUCAGCCCACUGUCUUACUGAUUUACGAAUCGCUACCAGGUGCAUGUUAGGGGAGUGAGGAGGCCAGAACACUGGUUCAUAGUUUUUGUUUUUUUUUUUAAAGCAAAUUACUUACUGUAUUUUUAUGGCAGGAGGGAGAAAAAGUGUUAGAACAGUUUCUAAUGAAGUCAAAUAUUUAAGUGAUGAAUGACUAAUGUGUUUUGUAGAGACAAAAUAAACCAAUAAAUGAUG